AUGCCUCUCCUCAACGUCCCCGGCAUCCUCGGCAACGUCCCCCGACGGCCCAUCACUGCCGCCCGCCCCGCCCCGCCAGAUCUCCCCCGCGAUCCAGAUCGCUCCCACGUCAUUCCCCACGCCGAGCCGUGCCUUGCCCGCCGUUCCGGCCCAUCGGACAUCCCGCCCGCAGGCGCGCGCCCGCCGCCCUCGCCGCCCUCGCCGCCGCCCUCGUCCUCGCCGCCGCCGCCCUUGUCCUCGCCGCCGCGCUCGCUCCGACUGAGUAGCACACCGACUGUAGAGACCGCACCCCGCGUCACGCGCACACGCGCGGUGCUUAGCGCGCCGCCCAGGUGUGUCGGACAUCCCGCCUGCAGGCGUGCGCCCGCUACGCUCGCCGCCGUCCUCGCGCUCGCGCUCGCCGCCGCAGCGCUCGCUCGGGCUGUGUAG